AUGAGUGAGAGAGCGAAGCGCCGCAAGGUGUACGGCUUCAAGGCGGAGCGCCAAGCCUUCUUUUCGAAAAAUGUCCGCCAGACGUUCCUCGAGGAGGGGCGGAAAAAAAAGGACGAGGAGCGCGCUCGCAUGGAGGCCUACCGAAAACUAUGCAAGGAGGAGGGGAUUGUGUCGAAGCGACUGGAGGACUACGACCGCACGCGCGAGGCGGCCAAGGAAAAUCUGAGCAGCACCCUUGAGCAAAUCGACUAUGACCAGAGCCUCACGAACAACGAAAAGAAGAAGCGCAAGUACAACCUGAAGCGCAAGUUUGCGGCGACCACGGUCAACGACCUCAUUGACAAGCGGCAGAAGCACUACAGCGCCGUCUCUGGAAUGGAGGAGGUGCAGCGCAGGCACCAACAGGAGCGGGAGGAGAAGCAGAAGACGCGCCAGGAGCGCGAGCGAGAGAAGCAGUCGCGCGUGCAAGCACGCAAGUCGCGCAACGCACUCUUUGCCAAGCGGACCAAGAAGGGGCAGCCGGUGAUGUCGAGCCGUAUGGAGUCUCUUCUCCAGAAGAUCAGCCGGCAGUGA